AUAAUUUCUGUGAUGGUUUCUAUUAAAACUGCACCCGCAAAUAUUUAUACUCGCGGACCCCAAUAUGCAGUUAGUACAGAACCUGAACACCCCAAGCAGCCUUUCAUAGAAGUUCGUAACGCAACUUACCACGGCAGUGGACCACGAGAAGAAGCGCGUGCGAUGUGCUCUGUCAAGACUCAAGAAAUUAACGCAACAGCGAAUGCGACUAUUACGAGACGUUUACACGGAGUUGUCACUUCAAGAGAACUUCACAGUUCUAUUCAGCGUUUGGAGGUGAUAAUUCACGGCCAGAUGCAGCAGCUGUGGCAGAGUUUAGACGCCUUGCGAUCUCAAAUAGCCGGCAACCCACGAGUUUCAUAUCCCGAUCGACGCAGUGUUACAUUUAGGUACAGACCUAACUUUGUUUAAUUAUUUAUUAAAAUCGAUAUAUUAUUAUUAAGGUUUGAGAUUAAUUUGAAAAUAAACGUCUAUUUUCUUUAAAUCACUUUUUAAUGGCUCCACACCCACAGUCGUAAAGGCAUUAAAUAUCGAUGUUGGUUUGGUUUUUUUUUUUUGGUAAAAUUAUAAUAUUUUUGUCGACUAUGUUUGAUUGUU